UUGCAUGACAAUAAUUUGUUGAUUUUUUAUUCAUUAAUUAUACUGUGGGCUAUUUAAAUUUUGUACAGUUUUCCGAAUCGCGUAACCCAAGAUACAAUGAGAAUAAAUCCAUGUGUUGCUGGUAACGAAAAUGGAUGGGCUGACGCUUUUUCGUAAGCUUGGAGUUGGUGCAAAAUUUGACUUAAAAAGGUUCAGAGACGAUGCUCAAAAGUUUAAGAUUAUUCGAAAUGACAAUAAUCCUAGUCAAGAAGAAGUUAAAAAGGUUUUGGACUUCUUUGGUGGGAGUAAACAAAAAAGUGAGAGUAAAGAGACAAAUAGCAUAGACUUGGAAAAUAAAAGUGAUGAUGAAGAAGAGGAGCUUACUUUCAAGAGACAGAAGAUUGAAAUAGAUGAAGAUCCAUUAGAAGUGAAGUUACUUGGUGAAAUUACUUCUAAGUCAAAAGAAAAAGCUCGGACUGAGAAAAAGAGAGAAAAAUUUAAAACUCCACAAAAAUUAGCUCAACUUAAACAAGAACAGGUCAAUCAUUUUAGAAAGCAAAACAAGAUUUUUGUCUGGGGUGCAGACAUUCCUGACCCUGUAGCAUCAUUUGAUCAACUACAUAGCAAGUAUGGAGUUCAUCAAGAUAUCUUACGGAACAUCCAAAAUCUUGGUUAUUCUGCUCCUACCCCCAUUCAGAUGCAGGCUGUACCUCUGAUGAUGGAGAGAAGAGAAAUACUAGCAUGUGCACCAACAGGAUCAGGGAAAACAGCAGCAUUUCUUAUACCCAUCAUUCACCACCUUAAGGAACCAAAGAAGCAAGGUUUUCGAGCAGUUGUGGUGUCCCCUACUCGGGAAUUGGCAAAACAGACAUUUAGGGAGUGUCAGCGAUUAGCUGAAGGAAGAGGUCUAAGAAUACACAUCAUAGAUAAAGUUAAUAAAGCUGCAAAAAUGUUUGGUCCAAGCUCCUCCCAGAAAUUUGACUUACUUGUGACUACUCCAAAUCGACUAGUUUUUUUACUUCAACAAGACUCACCAGUUAUAAGUCUUAAAAACGUGGAGUGGUUAGUCAUUGAUGAAUCAGACAAAUUAUUUGAAGCAGGCAAACAGGGAUUUCGUGAUCAGUUGGGUGUUAUAUACAAAUCCUGUGACUCACCUAAUGUUCGACGUGCCAUGUUUAGUGCUACGUUUGCCUUUGAGGUUGAAGAAUGGUGCAAGCUAAAUCUGGACAGUGUAGUGACCAUCUCUGUUGGUGUGAGGAACUCUGCUGUGGAUUUGGUUGAGCAAGAGCUACUAUUUGUGGGCAGUGAAUCAGGAAAGCUUAUAGCCUUUAGAGACAUAGUUAAGAAAGGUGUUGUGCCACCUGUGCUUGUAUUUGUACAAACAAAGGAAAGGGCCAAGGAACUGUUCAGUGAACUCAUCUAUGAUGGAAUUAAUGUGGAUGUGAUACAUGCAGAUAGGUCUCAGCUUCAGAGAGACAAUGUAGUAAAAAGUUUCAGAAUGGGGAAAAUCUGGAUUUUGAUUUGUACAGAGUUGAUGGGUAGAGGUAUCGAUUUCAAAGGAGUAAAUCUUGUUGUAAAUUAUGACUUUCCACCAUCUGCCAUUUCCUACAUUCAUAGGAUAGGGCGAACAGGCAGAGCUGGGAGACCAGGACGAGCAGUAACCUUCUUCACAGAAGAUGAUGGAGUAAACCUUCGAAGUAUAGCUCAGAUCAUGAAAGAUUCUGGGUGCCAUGUCCCUGAUUACAUGCUGAAAAUGAAAAAACCUUCAAAAAAAAUGAAACGAAAGUUAGUUCAACAGGCUCCUCGUAGAAAGGGUAUAUCAACAGUACCCCUCUGUGACCUUCAAAAACAGAAAAAAAGAGAGAAAAUGAUUGAAAGUUCCAAACAAAUGAAAAAACUUGAAAUCAGUCGAAGACAGAAUAACGGACUGAUUGACAUGCAAGGGAACAAUGUCCACAAAGCAUCAAAGAGUUAUGUAAAAAAUUCUCAAAAGCCCAGUUCAUAUAGAAAUAAACUUAAAAAUUCAGGGCUAAAGCAGAGAUAAAAAAACAGUUGCAAUAAUAAAAAUUUGUUCUAGAGUCAUAUUUUUUGACCUGUUUAUGUAUUUGAAAAUAAUUUUUCUUAUGAUAAAUAAAUACCCGUCAAUUUUUUUUCCAGAA